UCCCAAACGCGUCUCCCUGAUGAGGACUCCAUGUCUCCUGCAGCAUGCAUGAUGCAGCACAGUUACACUUUUCGGAUAAGGCUUUUUGGUGACGGUUCCCCGUUUAUUUCGUUUGCUCUGCGGCAUCCAUUGCAGGGCUGCUGCAUGCGGGACUUAUUUGGGAGAGGGGCGGGCCGGGCCAUGCCCUAAACUAGUUUGAGGAGUGUAUGUAAACUGCACACAUGCAUGGAUGUACCACCGUGCAUGUGAAGUAUUGACUUUUGCUUGCCUCACGUCGUCCGUAUAUGUGUCCGGCGCGACAUUGUAUUACAUUACAUGGGAGGAAUGGCAUGUGACUACUUAGACCGAAAGCCGGCCAUUCGCUUCUGCUGCUGGACUUGACGUCGCUAAAAAACAUCCCCAAAUCGUGAGCUCCGUGUGUAGUUUCGGAUUGACAUUCUGCGCAAGACACACGUUGACUCCGAGCGGACGGCAGGCAGGCGAAGGCGAGGCGGGACGACACUGCACCGAAGAACAGACCCACCGAUGCGCCACUAAACUCCAGAUCCGCAGAAUUCCAGGUGCAGACAAGUCAGGACUUCUACAAACAAUAGACUGCCUUCACCAUGAUGUCCCUCAUAGACCUGGACGACGACCAGCGAUGGGUGCCCACGCAUGUGAACGUCACCGUCCUUCGCGCGAGGGGUCUGCGGACGAAGGGCAAGCACGGCAGCCGCUAUCUGUACACCAUCAUCCAGGUGGGCAAGGAGAAGUACACCACCGGCCUGGUGGAGAGGGCUCCGGUGCCUGAGUGGAACGAGGAAUGCUGCUUCGAGCUGCUUCCAGGGGUGCUGGAGGAGGGGGGUCGCAGCGCCUACCCCCCUGGGAGCGGCGACCUUGUGCUCACGGUCAUGCACCGGGUGCUGAUUGGGCUGGACGUGUUCCUGGGACAAGCCUCCAUCCCCCUGGAUAGGAUCUUUAACGAUGGAAUGUGUCCAAGAGAUGAAUGGAUGAAGCUCAACUCCAAGGCGGGCAGGAAGGAGAAGGAACGAGGCGAGAUGCAGGUGACCGUCCAGUUCACGCGCAACAACAUGACCGCCAGCAUGUUCGACCUCAACAUGCAGGACAAGCCGCGCUCCGCCUUCGGCAAGCUCAAGGACCGCGUGACGGGCAGGAAGCGCGGAGACGUGGAGUCCUCCUCGGCCAUCCUGCCCGGCCGCUUCGCCGCGGUGUCGGGCCACCUGGGACAGCACUCCGGAGAGGGGGGCGGUGGGGGGCCGUCAGGGGAGACGGAGGUGGCGGUGGAGGAGAAGAGAAGCAAGGUGAAGGACUUCUUCAAGGGGAAGCUGCGGCGGUCGUCCGACACCAGAUCCUGCUCCUCGCUGGCGUCGGAGAGCAGCGUGUCGUCUCUGGCCAGCGAUAACCUUGGCCCCCCUCCCAGCCUGGAUCUCCUCGCAGAUCCUCCCAGCUCCCCUGUUUACACAAGCAAGGUCAGGGUUGACAGCCUCUAUGGCGAGGCCGACCUGGCUAAGAAAGUGCUCACGAGCCAACACACCACAAAGGUCCUCACCCACAAGCGGGCCUUCAGCGACGAGGCGAGCAAGAUCACCACGUCGACCGCCCGCACCUCCCCCGCCGUGGAGGCCCUGAGGGGCCACACCAUGACCCAGUCCAAGUCCUCCCUGUGCAUCAACGGCAGCCACGUCUACGACUCGGAGCCCUCCACGCCCCGGAGCUCUGCGGCCCUCCAGUCCAAGCUGGUCCUGCUGGAGAAGUGCUCCCCGCUGUCGCGGUCCCUGCAGAACCUCACCAAGCGCGGCGACCCCGCCACCUCCCCCGGCGAGAGCCGCCGCUGGUCCUUCGACAAGGGGAAGAAGGAGGAGAGGGAGGAGGAGAGGGAACCCGAUCCGGCGGCGGCGGUGGCGGCGGCGGCGGCGUCAGCGGUCCAGAGCGCCCGGACGGGGGGACGCCCGCAGGCGGCCGGGCCGAUAGACGCCUCGGCCGCUGACGGGAAGAAACAGAAGAAGGCUCUGUUUUCAGGGGGAAGGAGCGACUCCCUCCCGGCCAAGUCGGAGCAGGGCCAGGCGGUUGUGGCCGCGGAGGGGAGGCUGAGAGGUUGGUUUGGAUCCACUGAUACCCAGAACAAACCAAGGCUGGAAGUUUCUCCUAAGGUAGAAAGCAGCUCAGAUGUGCCCCCUCCCCUCCCUCCCCGCUCACCCAUUCCCCAACAAUUCCAGUUCCCCUCCCCCUUGGCCUCCCCCAACGGCCCAGACUCCCCCGACAACAGGAAUCACUCCUCACCCUUCUCAGCCGCAUCUUCUCCAUCCACCACCCCCAUCUCCACCUCCAACCCCUUCCUCGCCCAUAUGCAGCGUAACCCCUUCUUUGAGGAGCUCAUAGCCGAAGACUUGCGCAAAUCCCCUCCUCUCGUGCCUCACUCCCCUUCGGUCCCGGCCUCUUCCCGCUCACCUCCCUUCAACCCCGGCCCAUCGCACGACGCAAAACCAAAGAAAACAGCCUCCGCCAGAAGGGAGCGGCCGAGGCCCAUUGCGAGGCAGAUUUCCCUCCCAGCGUUGCUUCCAACAUCCCCCAUUCCCUGUUCCCCCGACCGCUGCGCGCCUCGCUCCGCGUCUGAGAGCCAGGAGGAAUGCGACGACUUCUUUGAUGCCUUCGCCUCGAGCAGGCUCAACUCCCCAAAGGGGCCUCUCCCCCCAAAAACGUUUAAAGCCAUCCCAAGUCAUCCUCAAAGAGGCGGUAAGGCUCUUCUGAACAGUACUUCCUUUCACACCAUAGAAGAACAGAAGGCCGAUGAUGCUCAGCCUCCACCGUUGCCCCCCCGGAGGUUACUCAGAACCUCUGUGAACGAUUCUGACACCUGGCUGCAUAGAGGCCAGCAGUUAGCCGUCCAGCAGGAAGCCUGCCUCCUGUCGCAGACGGGUGCCGCGUCCCGGCAGCACGGCAGGGAGGCGGAACGCAAGAGGAGCACGCGGAGCGUGUCUCCAGACCACCUCUCGAACAGCGAGACGUCCGAGUCCCUGAGCGUACUGACCUCACCGUAUGAAAACCUAACCGCGCCGACUUUCCAAUCCGAAGAGAACCUCAAGAAGUUUAGGUAUGAGCCGUUAGAGGAUGAGAACGAUCGCUGGAGAGGGAUGCUGUUUGAACAGGAUUUGUACGGACGUGUCGGUAUUGGAAAUAGUAGCGAGCCCAAAGUCAACAGCGCACUGAGCAGUGUCGCUCCAAAAAAUGCCAAUCAUUUGGAAAACAAUGAUUGGAUAGGGGACAAAGUGUGUCAUGAUGACAAAAUGGUAGUUUCUGAUUUCUUGGGUAGCUUAUCCGCAGCGGUCACCAAGUCUAAUAUGAUUGACAUUGGUGACACUUCCUCCAUAUUACAGUCCACAGUAUACACACCACCUGUGGACCAAGAUCACCCUCCAUGUACAAACAAUGACACAUCUCAAUCAUUCACAUUUGAAGACCUGAACAUGAAUGUGAAUGACUCCGAUUUUACUUUCAUUGAUUCUGAAGGCUCAUCCCCAUCCGAAAUAGCUGACCCUGUCAAACAUCUCAGGGGUCUCGACAAAGUCUUCCAACAACCAUCUGAAGACAUAUUGCUAGCAAACUACCAUAUAGAGAUGAGUAUGCCAGAUCAGAUGUUUAGCACAACACAGAGUAAUGUCUCUUUGGAAACCACAAGUAACCUAUCCAAUGAACAGCUUAUGAUGCUACCAGUUGGGGAAGAUGAGGGAUGUGAUCUCCGUCAACUGACACAACAAAAUAUCUGUGAAGUGGGUUCUUUAGUCAGCCUAACAUCUGCCCAAGCUGACGUUGAGUCGAAUCAAGAUACAACCAAAGAUGCUUUGAACAAGACAAUCGAUGAGGACCUUGAUGGCAAUGGAAACCUCCAGGCAAGCCUAGUGACUCUCAAUAAGAAAGACUCAUCUUCGUUAUCCUCACCAUCAUCGUCAUCAUCGAGAGUGGUCAGUGCACGUCUCAGACCAAGUGGGAUGAGGUGUUCAGCGAAUCAAAGGCUUCAAGGGGAGGCCAGUGAACAACAGUUACCACAUCAACCCAGUAAUUCACUUCAAGUCUUUCCACUGUCACAUGAAGAUACAUGCGAUUUUAUUGAAACAAAUAUAGAAUCGGGGACCAGAAGCAGCUUUGAAGAACUCCACGCAAAAGUAGCCCCUGAGAAGAGAACCCUUUCAAACUCCAAACCUUCCCCAUCCCUCUCUUCCUCGGCCGUUUCCACCCCAGGCGGUCUACCUCACUCAAUCCCAGAGUCCUCAUGCAACUCCAUCCACCCCUUGAGAACGCUACAUAGCGCCGGGUUCAACAGCACACUGGCUGUGGCCCCCUUCACCUCCUCUCCCUCUUCCUCCUUUCCCCCUCCAUCCACCACUGCCCAGCCCCUGACCGAAGCACUGCACACACUUUUGCCUGAGGAGAUAGAUCCAGCUUGCAACCUGCCCCGUCAGGAGAGCAGCCCCCAUCCAGUGAAGCCCAUGAACACCACAGGGGGCCAGUCGGACAAGAAAGAGGGCCGCUCUGUUCUGGAGAAGCUCAAGUCCACCAUACAUCCGGGUCGCACGGCCAGUCAGAGUGCAGCUGAGCCUGAGAGGAGUCAGCUGCCGACUGUGGACAACACGGCCCAGUAUCAGCAGCUGUCUAACAUGGAGCUGAUCUCGCUGCUGCUGCAGCAGGAGAUGGACAUGCAGAAGCAGCAGGCGGACAGCGAGCAGCAGGGGGCGCUGCUGGACAAGCGGGAAGCCGAGCUGAAGAAGCUGAAGCUCCAGGUGCGAGACCUGGAGGACUACAUCGACAACCUGCUGCUGCGGAUCAUGGAGCAGACGCCCACGCUGCUCCAAGUGCGCGCCCGACACAAGUGACCGCGCCCGACACAAGUGACUGACCGACAAAAGACGUCGCUAGGACAGAAGAUUUGUAACCCCAUGUCAAAGACUCGUAGGCAAACGAUAGAUCGUAUUAACUCCCGUUUUCAGAAAGGAUUUAUUAUGCACAGAGAUAACACAGGUCCUGUCUGGGAGAUCGCUAGUUAAGACAACUCCCCUCCCCACUCUCUAGGCCUCCUUGUCAGCGAGGUCUUCUCUCUGCUUCUACUGCCCUGUCGAUGUAGACACUACCACCACGUAUUACCCCCCUAAAAAACGGCAUGCUUGUUACAACCCCUGUUUGGUGCGGUGCUGGAGGAAAGCGCUGGCUACCAGGACGUUCCUUCCCUUGUAGCUUUGGUCAUGCUAAUUGCGAUACUACAUUGAGAUACAUUGAAGAUGAUGCUACGCUCUUGUCACUUUACAAAUAGCAUACUGCUUCCACAUAGACCUUCCGAUAUAAUGUUCAGGGUAUAGGGCUAAUGACGCUUGGUCAUCAAAUGAACAGUUUUGAUGUUUUUUUGCACAUCAUACACACAAAACAUCUGAUCGUUUUGAAUUUGAAUUACAACUGGAAAGAGUUGAAUUGAGUGAUGAAACAGUUUUUUUUAAGAUAUUGGGAAAAGAACAAAUAAAGGCUAGAGAAAGUGCUCAUACGUCACACCACAACAUUAAUGCAUUACUUCAUCAUAAGCAACAACUAAAAUGUCCCAUCCUUGCAUCUCGCUCAAAGCAGAACAAUGUAGAUAUCCUAUUUAUGUAUUUUAUGAUCCGUUUUGUGGUUUUAUUGUCAAAAUCGUUAUGUUCGAGUAUUGACCAAGACAUCUCUGUUAUUUAUUAUGCGAGUGUUAAAAGAAUAGAUAAUUCAGUAAAGAAUUAUUCAAUUUACACUAUUCUUUUACAUUAUUUUGUCAAGAAAUGAUACAAACUGAUAUCCCUUUCAGUACCACUGUAGCCAAUGGCAAUGCUUUGCAUUAUUGCAAUAUGUUGAUACAUCAAAAAAUAAAAUGCACAGUUUAAAAAUA